GGCAAUGUCCAUGCUAAAACGGGUUAUAUCCACGAUGAGUCCUCUAUCCGAGUGCUCUAUCUAUCUCUGGAAAACAGGCACAACUCCGAUAUAGUCGUUUUUGAAAGUUGGGUUUAUUUUCGUGGACAGAUUUUGGGCGGAGUAAAACCUCUUGCUUCGCAUCUUCCCCUCUGGCGCUGCACAUGCUAAAAUAUAUUUUUGGCCACUACAGGCCUCUAUCGUUCUCUAUGCACCUGACCAAUCAGAAUCGAGCCGACGACAACAUUGAAUUUCGCUUUUAGCCAACUGGGACGGGAAAUCCGAGUGACGCAACAAGCUGUCAGCUGUUCUUGUUUUGCUUCGGGUUUUUUCCCUUCUUCUUUCUCCAGAGUGUCUGGUCUCUUCUGCACUAAAUAAGAACAUUUAUGGAACUCAGAUUUGGAUUCUAAAAACACCGGAAAUAAGGAGUUCAAAACACUCUGGCCUAUGAUUUAGAUCGGUUUAUUGUUAAAAAGGCGAUCGAGAUUUCUUCUCAGCUGGAUCCUCAAUCCGACGCUAUCGUGCCAAGAGGCAAAGCCGAUCCCAGGCCUCUGAUCCAGGGCGGAGGGAGGGAAAGAGGUCGCUGGGAAUCGGGAUGGAGACGGGAGAGGGAGCAGACGGUCCUAGCGGACCGGGUGAACCGGGAGCCGGGCCGGGGACGGAGCUGACAGGGCUUGGCUGCGCCUCUUUCAACCAAGACUCCACGUCAUUGGCGGUGGGAACCAAGACAGGCUAUAAGCUGUUCUCUGUGACCUCAGUGGACAAACUGGACUGCAUCUACGAGAGCGAGACCCCAGACGUGUACAUCGUGGAGCGGUUGUUCUCCAGCAGUCUGGUGGUGGUGGUCAGUCUCUCCAUACGCAGACGGAUGAACGUCUACCACUUCAAGAAGGGAACGGAGAUCUGCAACUACAGCUACAGUAACAACAUCCUCUCUGUCAGACUCAACAGACAGAGGCUGGUGGUGUGUCUGGAGGAGUCAGUGUACAUCCACAACAUCAAAGACAUGAAGCUGCUGAAGACCCUUCUCAACACGCCCUCCAACCCUUCAGGUCUGUGUGCUCUGUCCAUCAACCAUUCCAACUCGUACCUGGCCUACCCAGGCAGCUCCACCAUCGGAGAGAUCAUAGUUUAUGAUGCCAACAACCUGAGCACUGUGACAAUGAUCCCGGCCCAUGACAGUCCCCUGGCUGCUCUCACCUUCAACUCGUCAGGCACCAAGCUGGCCAGCGCCUCGGAGAGGGGUACUGUAAUCCGCGUGUUCUCCAUCCCAGAGGGACAGCGUCUGUUUGAGUUCCGCAGAGGGAUGAAGAGGUACGUCAAUAUCAGUUCCCUGUCCUUCAGUCCUGACGCCCAGUUCCUCUGUGCCUCCAGCAACACUGAGACCGUACACAUCUUCAAACUGGAACAGCACGGACCCAGUGGAGAGGAGGAGUGUCCUACCUGGGGAUCCUAUGUAGGGAAGAUGUUCUCUGCAGCCAGCAGCUACCUCCCAGCCCAGGUGUCUGGAGUGAUGAGUCAGGAAAGAGCCUUCGCCACUGUACGCCUCCUAGUGGCCGGGCAGAGGAACGUCUGUACCCUCGCUAUGAUCCAGAAGCUUCCUCGUCUGCUGGUGGCCUCCUCCGACGGACAGCUGUUCAUCUAUAACGUCGACCCUCAGGAUGGAGGAGAGUGUGUCCUGGCUCAGAAACACAGAUUGUUUGGUGAGGAUGAGGACAAGGAGGAGGGGGUGGAGUCAGAAGGGUCAGAGGUCACAGUGCCCGUCCAGGCAUGUCCAUCAUACGCCGCCACUGUUGCCAUACCAACCACCGGUCCAGUCACUACCACGCUUACAGGUUACUCUGAGGAUGGUGGGGCUAAGAAGGGCGAGGUGAUCCCAGAACAUGAGUUUGCCGCUGGUCCCGUCUGUCUGGAUGAUGAGAACGAGUUUCCUCCAAUAAAUUGGUGCCGCGACGGAACUCGAGGUGGCCAGGGGCGUCGUCUGUGAGGGUAGAACGAAGGAAGGAAGGAAGGACAGGAGGACAGACAGGCGGGCGGACAGACAGACAGACAGACAGACAGGUGUCUGUUGUACACGUUAGAACACACUAACACCUGGUCUGGAACCACAGGACUUCCAGGAGAGCCGUUACAUGACCCAGGACAAAAUAAACCAGAUGGAAAAAAGACUCUCAUUUUAGGGUACUAAGUUAUUUUUUGAAUUAAGUGAUUAAAAAAAAAAUAAUAAUAAUUAUGAUUUCUAAUUGGGAGGGGGGGGGGCAGGACUGGGUGUUUGUGACCCGGUGUGUUGGGGUGUGUUACAGUCCUGGGUAAAAUAUAUAAUGUCAAACACUUUCAGAUACCAAUAUGUCCUAAAAGGCACCCUAUUCCCUAUAUAGUGCACUACUUUUGACCGGGACCAUAGGGCUCUGAUCAAAUGUAAUGCACUAUAUAGGGAAUAUAGUGCAAUUUGGUACACAGUCCAGGGCUGUGCUUAGUUUAGUUCAGUGGUUCCCAACCCAGGGGUACUAGGAGAGGGUACUAGAGGGGGUACUAGAGAAGACUCAUGAGACCAUAGGCCUACUGGUCAAAAUGCACAUGAGGGGGUACUUCAUGGGUACUCUGGGCAGAGCGAAAUUCAGUUGGUGGUACAGUAACCGAAAAAACAAAAACAAAAAGGUUGGGAACCACUGGUUUAGUGUUUCCUGUAUAAUGGAACCAAUGAAACCGAUUUGAAUAUUCCCAAGAGGACAAACUCCAAACUAAAUCAAGGUCACAAAGGCUCCGUCCCAGAUGGCACCUUGGAAGAGCAGUGGAAGUAGUGUGUCUCUCCUCCAUGUAUGUGAUCUGUCUCUGGUGGGUUAAGACUCUACUGUACCAGGUGCAUGACUGACAUGUCCGAAAUAUAACCACAUUUUUUUUUAUAGCUACAUACAUUACUUGACAAAAAAUAUUUUAUAAUAGAAUAAUUAAAUUGUUUAAUUAUUAGCAUCAUCAUAACUUUGUAUUAUGUUUGUUCUUAUUUUUAUUAACAUGAUGGUAUUUAAUCGAAAAAGGAGAUUAACAGUUUUUAUUAUGAUGUUUAUUUUGUUUUAAAUUCUGUGUAUUUGGAUGUAUUGAUACUUAUUAAAUGUUUACAUGUACACCUAUUGGACACGAUCCAGCAGGUCGUUUUGUAUGUACGUCCUGAUGAUAUCAUUUGUAAAAGUGCGAAGUUUUGCGGAUUGCACAAGACCAAAAAAGAAACGACACAGAAACAAACAAAUAAAGAAGUAGACUGAAGUAGGAAUGGAAUUAUGCAAAUCA